UUGGGCAAGAGAGUCAGUCCCACUGAGGGUUGGGCGCUAACCAGCCUGGAGAUGGUAGAGCGGGGCAGAGACCUCCGGGUCAGUGAGCCUGGCGUUGAAAACUUCGUUACCGAGGCUCCUCUCAAGAGUGGGGAAAAGAGAACGCUGUGAUUUGCGUUUGAUGUGUCAGCAGCGAACACUGGUCCGUUAGCAGAGAAUACUGUGACUACUAGUCAACAUAGUUUCAGUUUUGGCUAGAUGACGUUGGUGCCAGUGAUACCGGAGGCCUACAGUCAUGUUCUUGCAGAGUUUGAGUCUCUGGAUCCGUUACUUGCAGCCCUGAGGCUGGACUCCAGUCGUCUAAAGUGCACGAGCAUAGCCGUGUCUCGAAAAUGGUUGGCUUUGGGCAGUUCAGGAGGAGGACUCAAUCUCAUUCAGAAAGAAGGCUGGAAGCACAGGCUUUUUCUUUCACACAGGGAAGGUGUAGUUUCUCAGGUUGCCUGUUGUUUACAUGAUGAUGAUUAUGUUGCUAUAGCUACCAGUCAAGGUCUUGUAAUUGUUUGGGAAUUAAAUCAAGAGCGUCGUGGAAAACCAGAACGAAUCUGUGUGUCUUCAGAACAUAAAGGCCGAAAAGUUACAGCUCUUUGUUGGGAUACAGCUGUUCUUAGAGUUUUUGUAGGGGAUCAUAUGGGGAAGGUUUCUGCCAUCAAACUCAACACUUCUAAACAAGCAAAGGUAGCUGCUGCCUUUGUUAUGUUUCCUGUUCAGACAAUAACAACAGUCGACUCCUGUGUUGUACAGUUAGAUUAUUUGGACGGAAGACUACUUAUAUCUUCACUUACUCGAACCUUCCUGUGUGACACUGAGAGAGAAAAGUUUUGGAAAAUUGGAAAUAAGGAAAGAGAUGGAGAAUACGGAGCUUGUUUCUUCCCUGGAAGAUAUUCUACAGGCCAGCAACCUCUGAUAUAUUGUGCUCGUCCUGGCUCCAGGAUGUGGGAAGUGAACUUUGAUGGGGAAGUUAUAAGUACACAUCAGUUUAAGAAACUCCUCUCAUCUCCACCUCUUCCUGUGAUUACUGUAAGAUCAGAGCCUCAGUAUGAUCAUCCAGCCUCAGUUGGAUCUUCCCAGUCUUUGUCCUUCCCCAAACUCUUACAUCUUAGUGAGCAUUGUGUGCUGACUUGGACAGAAAGAGGAAUUUAUAUAUUCAUUCCUCAGAAUGUUCAAGUUCUUCUUUGGAGUGAAGUCAAAGAUAUUCAGGAUGUGGCUGUCUGCAAGAAUGAACUCUUCUGUUUACACCUCAAUGGGAAAGUCACACAUCUUUCCCUGUUAUCUGUGGAACGCUGUGUGGAACGUCUGCUAAGGAGAGGCCUAUGGAACCUGGCUGCUCGCACUUGCUGUCUUUUCCAAAAUUCUGUCAUUGCCAGCAGAGGAAGAAAAUCUUUGACUGUAGAUAAAUUGGAGCAUUUGAAAUCUCAGCUGGACCUCACCACCUAUAGUGAUCUAUUAUCUCAACUGGAAGAAUUGAUCUUAAAAUUUGAACCCUUCGAUUCAGCUUGCAGCAGUAGGAGAAGCUCCAUUUCAUCACAUGAAAGUUUUAGCAUCUUGGACUCUGGUAUUUAUCGUAUUAUUAGUAGUAGAAGAGGCAGUCAGUCAGAUGAAGACUCUUGUUCCCUUCACAGCCAAACCCUCUCAGAAGAUGAGAGACUUAAAGAAUUCACCUUACAUCAAGAAGAGGACCAACCAGAUCAGUGUUGGGGCUCACAUGGAAAUGAAGACAAUGUUUCUCAUGUUCCAGUGACGUUUGAGACAGAUAAGAAUGAAACUUUUCUCCCCUUCGGCAUUCCAUUAUCAUUUCGUUCUCCAUCUCCUCUUGUGUCUCUCCAGGCUGUCAAGGAAAGUGUUUCUAGCUUUGUGCGUAAAACUACAGAGAAGAUUGGCACCCUUCAUACAAGCCCUGACCUGAGAGUGAGACCAGAACCCAGGGGUGAGGAGCAGUCAUGUGAAGAGAACAUGAAUCCAGUCACCUGCCCAAAGGAGGAAGAUGCUGAGGGGAGAAAAGAAGUAACUGGUCAGCCUCCAGAAGAAGACAAGUUUCAAGAGCUCAAAAUAGCAACAGCAGAAGCAAUGACCAAGCUACAGGACCCACUGGUUUUGUUUGAACCUAAGUCUCUGAGAAUGGUUUUACAGGAGUGGCUUUCACAGUUAGAAGAAACAUUUGCUAUGAAGGACUUUUCAGGCAUUUCAGAUACCGGCAACUCAUCCAUGACAUUAAACCAGGAUGUGCUAUUGUUUGAUGUGUCAAAAAAGGAAAUGUUAGAUGAAGAUAAUGAAAAAGAAGAAAGGGACUCUUCAGGCCAUGAAGAAACUGUUGAUCAAACAGCAUGUGAACCUGUAAAUAGUCUCAGGGAGCCCUUGGAUGACUUUUUGCAAGUAUGUUCUCCAUGCAGCAUAGCUAAUGGUCUUCAGAAGGAGCUGGCUGAACUGACAACACUGUGUUUAGAAUUGAAGGUAUUAAGUUUGGAGAUCAAAAGCACAAGCGGACAUGUGGACCACACUUUGCAGAUUGAAAUUCUGGCUUGUCAGUUCCUAAAGAAGUAUUUUUUUCUCCUGGACUUGAAACGAGCAAAGGAGAGUAUCAAGCUUAGUUAUACUGAUAGUCCUUCUGUUUGGGAUACUUUUAUUGAAGGAUUGAAAGAAAUGGCAAGUUCCAAUCCUAUGUAUAUGGAGAUGGAAGAAGGAGACCUUCCAGCAAGAUUAAAGUUACUGGAAGACUCAGUCCCUUUUGACAGUCCUUUGUUGAUUGCUUAUGCUACCCGAUUGUAUGAGGAGUUUGGGGAAUCUGCCCUUCGAUCGUUAGUCAGGUUUUACCCAUCUGUUUUGCCUUCGGAUGUCAUGCAACUUUGUCAUCGGCAUCCUGCUCAGUUUUUGGCCUAUUUAGACAGUCUGGUGAAAUCAAGGCCUGAAGAUCAACGGCCAUCCUUCCUUGAGUCCCUUCUACAACCAGAGUCUUUAAGAUUGGAUUGGCUGCUUUUGGCAGUGUCCCAUGAUGCUCCCCCAAGCACAAGCACUAUGGAUGAUGAAGGAGACCCCAGGCCUCAUUCACACUUGUUUUCCUGGGGAUACAGUCAGCUGAUCCUUCAUCUGAUUAAACUACCUGCAGAUUUUACAACCAAAGAGAAAAUGACUGACAUUUGUAGGUCUCAUGGUUUCUGGCCUGGAUAUCUUACUCUCUGUUUGGAGCUGGAGAGAAGAAGAGAGGCCUUCACUAACAUUGUGUAUCUGAAUGAUAUGCGCCUGAUGGAAGGGGACAAUGGUUGGAUCCCAGAGACUAUGGAGGAAUGGAAGCUUCUCCUGCAUCUGGUACAGAACAAGAGCACAAAGCCAUUCCUCCACAAGUCACCAAAUGGGAACUUCAGUGAUGGACCUUCCCCUAUCAAUGUGGAGAAUGUGGCACUCCUGUUAGCUAAGGCCAUGGGUCCAGAUCGGGCCUGGUCACUGCUACAGGAAUGUGGUUUGACCCUUGAGCUUUCAGAGAGGUUUACGAGAACCUGUGAUAUCUUAAGGAUUGCUGAGAAAAGGCAGAGAGCCUUGAUACAAAGCAUGCUUGAGAAAUGUGAUCGGUUUCUCUGGUCCCAGCAGACCUAGUGGAAGAAGAUUCAGCAGGAUGUCAUGACAUUUUGAGGAAAGUGGAAUUAUGCUCCUGAACCUCAGGAACACAUUUGGUUUUUGAAGGAAAGGCACCAUCUGAGAACCCUGCCACGUUAUUAGGAGUACUUCUGUCAGUGUCUGUAACCUCCACAUCUGUGGCUUUAUCUGUAACUGGUGUUUCUCAACCAGAGUUGAAUUUUGAAAGGAAUCAGUCCUUGUUUGCUGAGAUGAAAUGCUCUGGAAUCAGAAUGUGAGUGUGUACAGCUAUGCAGUCCUUACUUUGAACUACAGUAUUAUUUGCUCCUUGGUAACAGACAAAGGGCAUUAUUUUCCUGUUGUGACUCCCAUAUAGGGAGCAGAAGUUUCUCAUCCUGGUCACAUAAUUGUCAGGAGUUGAAUUAUUUUUAUAUCUUCUCUGGGACAGUUGAGAAAUUACUGAGAAAUACCUGGUAAAAUGGAAUUAAUACAUAAAAUAAGUAUAAUACUGAAGAUUCAAAUUAGAUAUUUAAAUGAAAUGGCACCAUAUUUAAAUUGGGCUAAUUUAAAAUAUACUUUUUUCCAGUAUUUGACAUUUUCUAAUCUGAACCUGUAUAUAAUUGACUGAUUCAUUACUGUAGAUGUUUUAUCUCUAAUCUGUUCUAAACAGAAUGGCCCAAAGGAAUCAUGCACUUUUAAAAAUUACUUUUUAAAAGCCAUAAUAAAGAAAGGCUGAGUACUAAUAAAGACUUCAAUAAAUAUUUAUAUUACUGAAACUAC